AUGCGAUACGUGAACAGGGAGCAAAAGGAACGGAUGAACGAUGAACUCGAAUUCAAGCUAGUCGAAGUGCUCAAUUGCAUUGAGAGCCAGGUGGAACAGUCGAUUGCCGAUCUCGAUCACCUGGUGCGUUACAAAUCCAUAUCCGUGGAGCUCAAGUAUCGCAAAAUAGGCUGCGAUGCUCUCGAAUGGGUUGCGAAUCGUUUGGCCUCCUUGAAGUUCCGCACCAAUCUGAUUCCAAUUUCGAAUGUGCCCGACAGUUGUUUCCAGGAGCCGCUGCAGAAUGUGCUCUUCGCCAACUACUUCUCGUCGCCCACGAAGACCACAGUGCUGAUCUAUGCCCAUGUGGAUGUUGUGCCCGCCGAGCGUGAAUGCUGGUUCAAUGAACCAUUCGAAUUGAGUAUCCGAGAAGGUCAACUCUAUGGCCGCGGAGUGUCCAGUGGCAAGGGGAUGCUUGUGGGUUGGCUGCACGCCUUCGAGUGUUGGCUGAAGGUCAACAGCGAUCUGCCCAUCAAUGUCAAGAUCAUUGUGGACAUGCUGCACGAGGUGGGCAGUGAGGGUGUGCAGAAAUAUGUGGAGACACGCAGUGAUUUCUUUCUCGACGUCGACUAUAUGAUUUUCGAUGCCAACUCUUGGCUUAAUAAAGAACGUCCGGUCAUCGCUUGCGGGCUCACGGGUUGGGCGCACUUUGGCAUUCAGAUGCGUGGCGCCAAUAAAAGUUUGGAGGCCGGCUUGGCUGGCGGUUUGGUCUUUGAGCCCAUGACCGAUGUGUGCCACCUGAUGAACAGCAUGCUGAGCAAUACCCACGAGAUUAAAAUACCGCGCAUCGAUCACAUGGUCCGCCGAUUGUCCGUCACCGAAUGGCAGCUACUCGAGACGGCCGAGUUCAGUACCUCCAAGUAUAUGGAUCGUCUGGAGAUACGUCGUCUGCGACACGAGGACAACAAGGUGAAUCUCUUGCAGAAUCGUUGGUGCAAACCGACGCUCUGCUUGCACGGCAUCGAGGGCAGCGACAACGAAAGCGAAUGCAGUCGCACGCUUCCGAUGCUUGUCACGGGGAAAUUCUCCAUCAAGCUGGUGCCCGAUCAGGAGUUGCCUUCGAUACACGCUGCUGUGCAGGACUAUCUGCAUCGCAUGUGCACCGAACUUCAUGUGAGCACUCACAUGAAGCUGCUGCUCCUAGAUUCCUGUGAACCCACCUCGUGGUCCACCACCUCGAGGCAUAUGAAUGCCUUGUCCCGAGCCGUGACCGAAAUCUAUUUGAAAGAGCCCGUGGCCACCGCUGGCAUUGCUGUAUGUCUCCCCAUUGCCAGUGUGUAUCGCAGACUGAUCAAUAAGCCCAUUUUAUUGGUACCUUAUGCAAUGCGCAGGGAUCGUCACCAUCAGGAGAACGAAUCCAUACACGAAGAUCACUUUGUGCGGCAUACCAAAGUGUGUGCCUCGCUGCUCUUUGAGAUAUCGACGCUGAAUGUGAAAUGCAAGUGCGGAUACAUUCCCGAGUAUUGUCACUUGAAGGGCGUGGCCGAGCGACUGGCAGCGGAGCGGGGUGAGAAUGUGGUGGUUGAGUCGUCGUUCAGAAAAAUGAUAUCGAAAUUAAGACGUCGCAAGGUCGUGCAUCAGCCUCCUCCAGAGCGUAAGACUAAAAAGACCAUUGCCGACUAUCUCUGCGGACCACUUGGCAAGAAGCUGCUGAAGAAGCGAGCAAGUAAGCCCAAAAAAGAAAGUAAGCAAAAAGAAGCCAGUCCGGAAAGAGCAUCGCAACAAAUUAAAAUAGAAACUGAAAAUAUAUCCUAA